AUUUAAUUAAGAGUAAAAAAGGAGACAAGCAAAUAAAAUGAGAUUAAUUUAUAAAUUGACUACUUUCUUUAUUCUUAUUAGGCUUUCAUAUUUAAAAUAAAUAAGUAUUGUAGACAGUAAUUUCAGUAAAACAGGCAAUUUUAUACUAACUAAUUAAAAUCCAUCAAUCAAUGUUAGUUUUGAAAGCAAAUUUUCUUCUAUCCCUUAAGUGAUAAUCUCUUAAAGCUAUUUGGAUUCAUCGAAAAAUACUAAUGAACUUGAUUAUUAAGUUUAAUUAUCAGCUAUUGAUUAGACUGGCUUCUAAGCUGUCCUCAUAUAUUCUUAAAAUUCUUAAGUAUUUUAAGUUGAUUAUAACUAUAUAGCAACGAUAGGUAGUAAUAUUUAUUCAAUAUCUAAAUCAAUUGACAUUAAUAGUAUGAAUUAAAGCUCUGACGCAAACUAUUAAAUUUAUUCAGCUUUCAUUCCUUUUUCUAAAAAUAAUCUUCCUAAUAACCCAAAAAUCUAUGCUAAGGCUAUCGGAUUUAUGACAGGAUUUUAUAUAAAAUUUAAUUAUUUUGAAUUUUACUAUCAAGAUAAUAAUUCAAUUAUGAUGAAUAUGUAUUAAGAAACCAGUUAUGAAUUUAUUUUAGAUUCUUCCAAUUGCUUAUACAAUAACGUAAUAUCAAACCAAUAUUAAUCAUUAAACUAAGAAUGCAAAAAAGGACUUUCUGGUGAUGAUAUUUUAAAAAAAUUUGCAAGAGUGUAGACUUCUAAAACUCCAAUAAAUGUCUAGCAUAUAACUAAACAAGAUUUUGCUAUUGGUUUUUCUAAAAUGUCUUGUAAUUUAUCUGCCUAAAAUCCUAGAAUUGUUCUAUAUGAUUUUGCCUUAUCUAGUAAUACAAUCUAAAUCACUUACUACACUUGGUAAGGUUCUUAGGUAUUAGGAGUAACUUCUACUAUUAUUGAAUUAUAUAGUUUAUCAUGCCCUACAGGUUUUUUCUAUUCCUUUGCUGCUUCUGAUUGUGUAAACAGUUGUGAAUAAUAAACUUAUCAAGAAUAAAAUCUGUCAAAUAAUAGUUUAUUACCUACUUGUAAUCAAUGUAAUACUACUUGUUUUGAUUGUACAGGUCCCUUAUCUAAUAAUUGCAAAAGCUGCUCAGUUAAUUUUCCUUAUUUUAAUACAAUCACAAACGAAUGCUUAUAGCAAAAGCCUAUUUCAGGCUAUUUUUGCAUACAAAGCAAAGAUAUCUCAUACCAGUUUAAUUGUUAACCUUGUAAAGAUAUUUAUUGUAAUAACUGCACAGAUAUUAUACCAAACUCUUGUUCGCAGUGCUAACCAAAUACUUAUUUAUACAACAACAGCUGUUAAUAAACAAAACCUUCUCCAGCUUUUUGUGACAGUUAAAAUAUUUGCCAAAAAUGCUCUAUUUAAUAUUGUCUCAGCUGUGAUCAAGGACCUUAAACUUGUAGUUAGUGCCCUAGUUCAUUUUAUAUUGAUCAAAAUACAAACUAAUGCAAAUGCCCUUAUGCUACUUUCUUAGAUUCAAAUAACCCUCAAUGCAUACCAUGUCCAAUUAAUUGUGCUAUAUGUUAAAGUAGUAUAUAUUGCUAGGUCUGUGCUUCAGAUUCAUUAAAAGACCCGUUAAAUCCUGGAAAAUUUGCUAGUAAUGUGCUCCAUAAUGCCUUACUUGUUCUGAAUCUCAAUCUAAUUGUUAAUCAUGUAAAACUGGUGCUUAAAUAAAAUUUAAUUCUGUGUCUAAUUAAAAUGAAUGCACUUGUAUUGAUUAGAAAGAUACAUAAAAUUAAAUAACUGGUAAUUGUUAGUAAUGUCAAGAUCCUAUGUGCUAGUAGUGUGAUAUCAAUAAUAGAAAUUAGUGUUUAUAAUGCAUAUAAUAAGCAUAAUUUUCACAAACUAAUUAGAAAUGUGUGUGUUCUUAAUCUACCUAUUACUCAUAAAGUACCAAUAGUUGCAUUUAAUGUCCUUAAGCAAAUUGUUUGGAAUGUUUACCUGAUGGCUCUUAGUGCAUUUAAUGUAAAAGUGGGUUCUUUUUUGAUAACAGGCACAAUACUUGUAGCUUUUGCAAAUCAGAGUGCAGUUCUACAACUAGGAUUCUUGAUCUAUAAACAAAUAGCUGUGCAUGCAAGCCUUCUUUUAUAGAAACCAAUCAAUAGGAUUGCUAAUUUAGUCCAAGCCCUAACAUUUUAUUCAAAGUUGCAAGUAUAAUGA